AUUUUUGAAGCCAUAAAGCACGGAAUUCUGAUUCCUGUUCAGACAUACAUAGAACAAGAAGGUGUGGAGGUGCUCAGAGUAAGAGAUGAAAAGGGUCACACACCAGCUCAUUGGGCAUGUCUUGGUGGACAUACAACAAUUCUUAGACAUAUCAUAGAGAACAAAGGACCUAUAGAUGAGCCCAGUGAAAAUGAAUUGGGUGCUCAUCCUAUUCAUUGGGCAUGUGUGAAUGGACAUAUUGCAGUGGUAGAUAUUUUAACUCAAGCCGGUGUUCCCUUGGAUGUGACAGAUAAUAAAGGGUGCUCUCCCUUACUUGUUUCUGCUCAAUAUGGACAGACAAUGUUAGCAGGGUAUUUAAUGGGUAAAGGAGCUAGGUUACAGUUAGUUGAUAAAGAUGGUGAUAAUGCUUUACAUUGGGCAGCUUUUAAAGGAUACUCUGAAUUAAUGAGGUUGUUAAUCUAUUCUGGAUUCAAUCCCCGACAAAAAGAUAACUUUGGUCAAACUCCUCUCCACUUAGCUUGUAUUAAUGGUAAUUUAACAGCUGUCAAAGAACUAUGUGAACAGGAUGGUGUUGAAAUUGAUCUGGCAGAUAAAAAUAAUAAAACACCAUUGAUGUUGGCUUUAGGUAGAAAACAUGAAAGUAUUGUACAAUAUCUGAAAAAAGAAGCCCGAUUUAGAACAAGUAUUUUACCAAGAAUAGAUAUUUGGUCUAUACUAUUUGGACCACCAGGCAAUACAAAAGGAGCAUUAUUAUUUUUUAUUAUAAGUUUAUUAUGUUGGGGUUAUCCUAUGUAUAUAAUUAAGUGUCUGUCAGUAACAUUCUAUGAUUUACAAGUCAUACAUUUCUUAUUUAUUACCUGUAAUGUAUUUAUGUGGAUAUCAUUAUAUCAUGCUAGUACAACAGAUCCAGGAUUCCUUCCUAGAAAUAUUCCAGAAUAUGACCAGGCUAUAAAACAGGUUGCUCACUUUGAUGAAUGGAAACAAGGAAACAAUCCAUUAAGUCAACUGUGUCAUACCUGUCGUACAGUUAAACCUGUCAGAGCCAAACAUUGUCGUAUCUGUAAUAGAUGUAUUAAAGAAUUUGAUCAUCAUUGUCCAUAUAUUUAUAACUGUGUUGGUUAUAACAAUAGAGUCUCAUUUGUUAUCUUUGUUAUCUGUGUAGCUAUAAACGGUCUGAUCUCAAUUGAUUUUGGAUUUGUUAUUAUUGAAUUUGAAAAUUGGAAUUUUCGCUAUGACUACAUUUUUGGCUUGUUCUUGUUAUUUAUAUACGAAUUGAUAGCCUUUUAUAUAGCAUGUUUUACGGUUGUACAUGCUGGUCUGAAUUUAACAACUAAUGAAAGAAUAAACAGAAAUAGAUAUAAAUAUUUAAAAGAUGGAAAAGGAAAUUAUUAUAAUCCGUUUAAUCGGGGAGUGAAAAACAAUUUGUUGGAAUAUUUACACCUGAAGAAACCUCUGAGAGAACAGGAAAUAGAAUAUUUAAGUGUGGAUAUAGUCUAGAUUAUUUAAAACUGUGAGUGAGUUCUGAAAGGCCUUCGUAUGUUUUGUUUUGUCUCAAUCAUCUUAUAUGAACAGUCAUAGUACAGAUACAGCCAUCAUUCUACAGCAAUAGUAAACUACAUUGCAAUAUACAAAUAUUGAUCAAGAAUUAUUCUCAAACUCUCAAACAGUUAGAUUCAGGUCCAGCUCAGCUGGCAUGCUAGGACUCUGUUUUCACUGCAGAAAAUGCCCCUGUGGUUCACUUGCUCCUGAUGCCAUUUUGGACAACAGCGGUAAAAGUAUCACAUGACAGCUUAUAUGCAAUUGUUUGGACUUUGAGAAAAUCUGGAAUGAUCUGCCAUCUCAAGUCUAGUGCACAUGUGGAGUCAAUUAUCAUUCGUGCCAAAAACAUAAAACAGGAGAUUUUUUUGUCGCACUGUCUUCCAAAGCAAAUGGCCGACUGUGAGUUUUCAGUUGCUCGUGACAAAUGGCUGUGCUGUUUGUUGACUUAUGUGUGUAAUGGGCUUUAGAUGGAAGUGAACACAGUCUAUUAUUAUGAGUAAGAUACGCGAGAGCAUCAGAAAACAGGGACACCAGUUAACUUAUUUUCCAGCUGUCAGUAACUGAAGAUAUUAAAGUAUUUAUGUUUACAUUAAAUAUGAAAUAAGUUCGAUGUAAAGGGAAAUAUACAAUGUAUUGUAUUCAUUAUCAUAAUAUAUAGAUCAUCAUUAUAGAGAAGUAUGAUCUAUUCUUCAUCUGGACUCGUACAUACUUCUAUUAUUUUACAGAACAAAACAUCAAAAUUAUUGUUUUUAUUUAGUCUAUUUUAUUUUUUAUUUAUAAUAAAAAUAAACUUAAAUUU